AUCGUCGUUCGUCUUCGUCCACUUGCCACUCUACUCUCUGCUGCGCUGGUCUCAGAGAUUCCUGGAGGGCUCGGAGCGCGGUGGACUCCCAUGGCAGCCUCCACGAACGAGAGCUCUGUGUUCGGAUGAGUCCUCCUCCCAGCCCCGUUAAGAAAUGUUCGUCCUUGACGUUCCCUUCUCCGGCGCCGUUGAAGGUUGUUGCUUGCUCCGGUCAUUGGUUCCCUCCCCAGAAGGCGUUGCUUUAAGUCUUCUAAGACGUCUGAACUAAGCCGCCGCCUUUCCUUCGUAAUGCUUCUACGACUUUGGGCUGCGAUCUCGUUGUUUCGACACUUUGAGGAGGUUUUGAAACCCUAGUUCGGAAGCUCCACAGCUUGGCAUUCUUCUGCCGUCCAUGAAGUCGCGGUUGAGUUAUUGAUUUAAGGUAGUAAGAAAACCUGAACCUUUCGACCAUGAGUACUAGCGAGCAAACACCGGAAGAGUUGGAGAAGAGAUGCUUGAAUUCAGAGCUCUGGCAUGCCUGCGCCGGACCACUUGUGUGUUUACCGACAGCCGGUACUAGGGUUGUCUACUUUCCUCAGGGUCAUAGUGAGCAGGUUGCUGCUUCCACAAACAAGGUAGUGGAUGGACCUAUCCCAAAUUAUCCGAGUUUACCUCCUCAGUUGUUUUGCCAACUUCACAAUGUAACAAUGCAUGCAGAUGCUGACACCGAUGAAGUUUAUGCACAGAUGACUUUGCAACCUUUAAACCUGCAAGAACAGAAAGAUGCCUACUUUCCAAUAGAGAUGGGUUUACUGAGCAAGCAACCAACUAAUUAUUUCUGCAAGACUUUAACUGCGAGUGAUACUAGCACUCAUGGAGGAUUUUCUGUACCUCGUCGAGCAGCUGAGAAAGUAUUUCCUCCACUGGAUUUCUCACAGCAGCCACCAGCUCAGGAACUUGUUGCUCGUGACCUUCAUGAUGUUGACUGGAAGUUCAAGCAUAUCUAUCGUGGUCAACCAAAAAGGCAUUUGCUUACCACUGGCUGGAGCGUAUUCGUUAGUGCUAAGAGACUAAUUGCUGGCGAUUCUGUUCUUUUUAUCUGGAAUGAGCAAAACCAGCUAUUGCUGGGAAUCAGGCAUGCAAAUCGACCACAAACUGUGAUGCCUUCAUUUUUGUCAAGUGACAGCAUGCACAUAGGGCUUCUUGCUGCUGCGGCUCAUGCUGCAGCUACGAACAGUCGCUUUACAGUAUUUUAUAAUCCAAGGGCAAGUCCAUCCGAGUUUGUGAUACCGCUUUCCAAGUAUGUCAAGGCUGUUUUCCGCACUCAUGUUUCCAUUGGUAUGAGAUUCCGAAUGCUUUUUGAGACUGAAGAAUGCAGUGUUCGCAGGUACAUGGGAACAGUUACUGGCAUUAGUGAUUUGGAUCCUGUGCAGUGGCCAAAUUCUCAUUGGAGGUCAGUGAAGGUUGGAUGGGAUGAAUCUACAGCAGGUGAGAGGCAGCUGAGGGCGUCACUGUGGGAAAUUGAACCUUUGACAACCUUACCCAUGUAUCCAUCUUUAUUGCCACUCAAGUUCAAGCGGCCCUGGAAUCUUGGAGUUCCUCAUGAUACCAAAGAGGAUGAGCUAUAUGCUCUCAGGUGGCCACAUAUUGGGGCUGGCAAUCAAGGCUUGCAGUCUUACGUCCCCCAAUCACUUGGUAUGGGCUCAUGGUUGCAACAGAGGCACGACCCUUUGUUACUAGGGAGUGAUAUUAAUCAGUACCAAGCUAUGGCUACUACUGCUUUGGAGGACAUACGAGGGGAUGAUGCUCUGAAUCAACAAUCGAUGGGAAAUCAACAAGCAUCUCAGUUUGUUCGGCAACGCUCUUCGUCUACCCAUUUGCUGCCGAUUCAAGAUUUUCAGUUGGCUCUGCAACAGCAUAUAUUCAGCUCACAAACACAACAAUUAUUGGAGAACCAACCAAAUUCUGGACCACACCAGCAUGUGCAGCAAUUACCUAAUGAACAGCAAAAGGCUCAGUCUCAACAAACACAUGCCUGUUCAGGAACAUUUCAAAUGUGUACCAAUCAUGUGCAGCAACAAUCAAAUUUGCCAUCUCAAUUUCAUGAAAGAUCAAGCUUUCCUAAUCCAAACUUAGUUUUGUCAUCCGAUGCUCCAUCAAGUUCUGUCCAGGGUAUCUUAGGAUGUUACCCUGAAGCAAACACCAACAUAUGGAGCUCUUCCCAUCUUGAUUGUCCCAUGAUUAGUCAGCAACCAUUGGGAUCAAAACAAACUAUGCCUCAGGCGACUCCUUUUGAUAUUGGACUUCUGUUUCCUUUAUUUGUGGAAAAAGAUAAUUCCAAUUGUAUUCAAAAUUCUCAUGCUACCCAGAAUCAAGCCCUAUUUGGGGUUGGCAAGGAUUCCUCCUCUCUUCUCUCCAUUGUAACCCCUAACUUUUCUGUGAAUGCAACUGUUAGCGAUUCAUCUAGCAAUGCAUACAUUGCUUCAAGUAUUCAAAACUCUCUCUGCGGUUAUUUGGAUGAAUCUUCCAAAUUGCUGAAAAAUUCAGGAGAGAUUGGUUCACAGUCCCAAACAUUUGUUAAGGUCUGUAAGUCAGGAUCAGUUGGAAGGUCCUUGGACAUAUCCCGGUUCAGCAACUAUGAUGAACUGCGUGUGGAACUGGGUCAUAUGUUUGGUAUUGAGGGUCUAUUUGAAGAUCCUCGUAGAUCAGGCUGGCAGCUUGUAUUUGUUGACAGGGAGAAUGAUGUGCUUCUCCUUGGAGACGACCCCUGGGAAUCCUUCGUGAAUAAUGUCUGGUAUAUCAAGAUACUUUCACCAGAAGAUGUGCAAAAGAUGGGAAAAUAAGGGGAUGAGUCCACAUGAUAUUCCUCUUGAAGUACUAGGUUUCUUGUAUGCACAUUCGAAGAGGUUCUCUGAUUAGAACGUCACAAAACAUUCCCAGGAGCAAGCAUGAGGAACCAUAUUUUUCUCUCAUUAUGUGUGUUGUAAUCUGCUCAAAACUUGGAUAUUAUAAUUAUGAUCUGAAGUUUGAGCUUUCCAGUCCAUCGAGUUCUUAAGAGCGAUUCUAGUAUCGUACUGCUUGCAGAUCAAGAUAUUAUUAAUCUACCUUGGCAAACGUUUAUUCAGUGAGUUCCCCUAUGCUGGCAUUUUAUCUGUUUGCUGAGCUUUUGUUGAUUUAUACUCUAAGAUGUUAUCAAUAAUCUAUAUUGUCUCACUUUAA